AAGACGUUUACUAGAUCAGAAGUUACUGAGCACGAUAAAAGUGAAUCGUUAUGGCUGGUAGUACACAACAAAGUAUAUGAUGUAACCAAUUUCAUGGUGGAGCAUCCUGGUGGAGAGGAAAUAUUGCUAGAAAUGGCAGGCAAAGACGCUACGAUAGCAUUCGAAGAAAAUGGACAUUCUGUUGAUGCCCGAGCCCUAAUGGGCAACUAUUAUGUUGGAAAUAUU